UUCAUUCAGAAGAGCUUUCGCCAGACACCGCAUCCAAGGAGGAAAGAGGAAGCCGGAGGCUUUCAGGUUUGCAGAGGGACACCAAGCCGCAACUGUACGAAACCCUGCAAUGGCGUAUCUGGCUGCAGCCCUUUCCCUAGCUUGCAUGACGACUCUUCUUCAUGGCCUCCGGGCCUCCCCGUGCCCUCCGCUGCCCCUGCCGAGCAAUGCCACCGAGUUCUCCUGCUCCUCCCCGUCUCUUCAGGAGUUCCCGACAGGCUUCCCUAAAGAGACUCUGCUCAUCUCCGUUGAGUUCACAAACAUCUCCCAGAUCGAUGCAGACGCUCUUGUGGGCCUCGGCAAACUGCAGGAGCUUCACCUGUCGAAUAACAAGCUGAGAUCUCUUCCAUACGGUCUCUUCCGCGACCUCCCGGAUCUGUCCGCUCUGGAUCUCACUCAAAACCUCCUUGAAGACCUGCCUCCCGGGAUCUUCAGGAACGUCAGUGCCUUGACGCAGCUGAGUCUCCAAGGGAACCAGCUGGCCACCCUGCGGCUAUCUUGGUUCCACCCCUUGCAUCAGCUCCACAUGCUGGACCUCUCCCACAACCGGUUCACCGACGUGCCCCCCUACUGCUUCAGCAAGCUGGAGAACCUGACCGAUCUUGACCUCUCCUUCAACUUUCUCCACACUUUGACUCCCCAGAUUCUAGAAGGACUACCCAGUCUAGGGAAGCUGAACCUAGAAGGUAACCAGCUCUGGUCCAUCGUAGAUGGGACCUUCCAAGGUGCUCCAAGCCUGAAGCUUCUCUUCCUCCGAAACACCACCUUGGCCAGUCUCCCAGCUGGGAUCUUCGAGCCGUUGAACCAACUGGCACUGCUGGAUGUCUCCUACAACAAGCUGACCUCGCUCGUGCCUAAGUUUUCAAGGCAGGCGACGAAACUCAGUCUCGACCUAUCAAACAACCCCUGGGCAUGCGAAUGCCACAUGAACACCCUGGUGGCCUGGCUGAAUCAAUAUUCUAUCUCUCUGUGGGAUGAGCAAGAAACCACCUGCGCCAGCCCAAAGAACCUCGAAGGGCAGGUGGUAACAUCUCUCACCCCUGACGAGUUUGGCUCCUGUUGAAUUGUAAGAACAUCAGGAGAGCCCAGCGGGAUCGGGCCAGUGGUCCAUCCGGUCCAGCAUCCUGUCUCACACAGUGGCCAACCGGUACCUAUAGAGGGGUAAAAACAUGGCACAGAGUGUUAAGUAUGGAACUCAACGCCGUGUCGUAAUCAAAACAGUGAAUCAGCUUUAUUGAUGUAAACAGU